AUGGCGGAGGAAGUGCUAUUUGACUAUCGAAAUGAAGCUUUUGAGUAUAUGGACGAAAGGACGGAUGAUAUUAUAACCACGGAAUCGGGCUUCAUAAUCCCUACCAGCAUUUCUCAUCCACGGCACCGACUGAAGCGAGAUAUCUGCAAACUUACUACCGAAGGUAUCAGCAGUUCAGGUGAUGAAGAAAUUGAUGAAAUGAAAAGAGUGGACGAGAGGACAUCGGAAGUUUUGCCGUUGCCAUGGUUGCGCCGCGUCAAAAAAUUGUUUCGAGGAGAUUUUGGAUCAUUAUGCCUUCUAACGUUUCUCUAUUUGCUGCAGGGUAUUCCUUUAGGUUUGAUCGCAGCCAUUCCAUAUGUCCUAUCCAGUAAACACGUAUCCUAUAGUCAGCAAGCCGUCUUCUCAUUUGCACAUUGGCCUUUCAGCGUAAAGUUACUUUGGGCACCAAUCGUGGAUUCAGUUUACUGGAAACGUAUAGGUCGUCGGAAAUCAUGGAUGGUUCCAUGUCAAUAUCUUAUUGGCAUUUUUAUGCUUUUAUUGUCUUACAAAGUUUCCGAUAUUAUGGGUGAAAAUGAUUCAGAUUCAAAACCACCAAAUGUGGUUUUAUUAAUGUUUUUGUUUUUGCCAUUGAAUUUUCUUGCCGCUACACAAGAUAUAGCCGUGGAUGGUUGGGCACUUACCAUGCUCUCUGGAGACAAUGUCGGACAUGCAUCGAUUUGCAAUGCAGCUGGUCAAACGGCUGGCUUUGUUUUGGGAAAUGUCAUGUAUUUGACGCUCGACUCACCCGAUUUUGCCAAUCGUUUUCGUAGUAAACCCGAACCAUUUGGCUUAGUAAACCUAUCGGGUUUGUCCCUGCUUGCUUUUAAUUGA